AUGUAUCAAAUUAAUCAAAUUAACUCAAUUAAACCAUUAAAAUUGAGCCUUUAUAAUGUUGUAUUUACACAAAAUGUUAUUGUUUGCUUAUAUAGCAAUAAUAAUUUGAACGCAUUCAAAUUAGUAUAUCAUAAUCCAAAAAUUAAAAAUGAUUUUUCUAAACAACCUCAAAUGAUUUUAAAAAGAAGUUUGAAUCAAGAUACUAGAAUUGCAGCAUUCGAAAAUCCUGAUCAGUCAGUAAAAAGUGAUAGAGGAUUCCUCAAAAGAGGAGAAUUUUCAGAAAAAAUUAAUAAAGUUAUAGAAGGCCGUGAACCUGAAAAAUACUUUUUACUAGUAGGUGAACAAGAAACUGGGAAAACUGCAUUAAUUUUGAAUACAAUGAAAAAAAUAAAAGAAUGUGAUGUUGUAUAUAUUAAAGCACAUUUAAAAAUUAAAAUAUUUAAAGAUAGAUUAGGCAAAGCUCUACAAUAUACUUAUAGAGAAGAUUAUUUUGGACAAACCUUUUCUAAAGAAGCACCUGAAAGAAAUAAUUGUUGA